UUUCCCAGGGUUUCGCAUCAUGGGCUGCCGGCUCGCCAUGGUAACCAUGGCAGUCCUGGUCGUCAUGCUGCAACUGCAGCCCUCACAGUCGAUGGACGUGCAGUGGAUACCUGCGGACGCUGACGGGCCUCUUCCUAUGUCCUCCGACUAUCGUCAGAAACUAGCUGAGCUAUGCAAGCACAUCAUGCCAAAGGGGGGUGUAGGCGAAGCUGAAUUCUCUCCUGACGUCCCCAAGGAAAAGCAGAAGGUGAUUCUCAAACUCUGCAAGAAGCUCAGGACCAGCCAACGGGCUUCGGAUCGAACACACGACGAGCCUGCUUCUAUCUUCUGGCUCCUCCUCCUCGUGGCCGGCAUCGGCUUCUUGGGCUACCAGAGGGCAGCGCCUGGCUCGCCGCUGCAGUCAUAUCGGUCGAAGAAGUUGUUGGGCAAGGGGAAGAAGUUGGAUCAGGGGAGUAUGAGCAGCGAGGAGGCACAGAAGGCAAGAGAGGCAAGGUUGCAAAGGUUCGAGAAGAAAGAUAACAACACACCGAUCGUAGAUUGACAAUGAUGAGGAUGACGACGACGACGACGACGACGACGACGACGACGACAACUAAGAUGAGAUGAAGAUGGCGAGAAAGAUGAUGAUGAUGAUGAUGAUGAUGAUGAUGAUGAUAAGUUCAGUUAAGAAGUGUUGUCCGGUGGCAGCAGACAGGUGCAUCGACCAUGGUCAGUGAAAUAGUUUCGAUUCAUUGAAACAGUUUGCAUGUA